AUGAAUCCUAAACAAACACAAUUACUUGUUCAAUAUGUAUUUAAUUUAGCUAAAUAUGAUACUAAUUAUGAUACACGUGAUAAAGCAAGGCUUCUUCGAACUUUAUUUUUUCACUCAGAAAAAUCUCCAUCAGUAAGUAGAAAUGCAAAAAAGAUUUUAUUAACACCUAAAUCAGCACCAAUACUCGAAUCAAUUCUUCGAGGUCAAGAACAGUAUACAAUAGGUAUAUUAUCAUAUGUUAUUGUUCAAAAAGCUGCAAGUUAUCAAGAUUUAUCGGAUUUUCCAGUUGAACCACCAGAUCCAACUAAAUCUUGUGCAAAUGCUGGAAUAGCAGCAGGAGGAAAAAAGAAAAAUCGCACAGACGAAGAAUUUUAUUCAGAUGAAGAAGGAGAAUUCGAAGAAGAGGAAGAAGAAGAAAAACCAACAGAUAAUAUAAAUGAGACAGAUGAAUAUGAACAAUUAGAUACUCUUUUACCAAAUAUUAUUGAUAAUCAACCUGAGAUGAAAUCAUUUCUUGGUGCAACUUCAACAUCAACACCAACUAUUCAACAAACAAAUAAAACAAAUACAUUAGAUGAUUUAAAUAGUUUACAAUCAUCACCUGUUAAUUAUUAUCAACAAUAUGAUUGUUUUAAUCGUAUAACAGGUCAAGGUUCACAAAUUCAGUAUCAUUUUUCAGGUACAUCAUUUCGACUUGCACCAAAUAUGGUUCAUGUUGAAUUAAUUUCUACAAAUACAACAACAAAUCGAGAUAUUUAUUCAAUUAAAUUCUUAAAAUCCAAAUCCGAUGUGAAUAUCGAAGAAUUUAAUGAAAUCGAUAUAUUACCAAGCGAUGCAACAAUAAUAUCAUCAAUUGCUUUAUUUGAUAUAUCAUUUGAUGGUAAACAAUUGUCAAGUCCAUUAUCAAUAUUAUGUCAUGUUGGUGAAUUAAUUGAACAAAAACUUUUAAGUGAACAAGAAUUUAAUCAAAAUUUAGCUCGUCUUCGUGGUAUGAACGAAAUAAUUGAUAGUGUUAAAUUAAGUGAAAUACAAAAAAACAAUUAA